UGUUUUGAAUCAGCACAAAAUCGAAAAAUCGGGAAAAUUUGUGGAAAUCGUGGAAAAAUCUGAAGCGAAACGGAUGCAGGAGUGUCCACGAUGGACAUCACUUCGUUGUUUAAGGCUUCCGUGAAAACGGCCCGGCUAAAGCUACCACCGGGCAGCAUCACGCAACCGGACAAGAACCGUAUAUUGGCUAAAAAGAACAGCAGUCCUACGCACGAAAUAUGGAGCAAAGCGAAAUCGCUCAAGCACCAGGUCACGCUGUUGCGAAACUUCCUUCUCGAUAACCGGGCCUCCUAUAUGCAACUAGCUGAGCACCUGAAAAACGCUGCCCCACCCAUGACGGACGAGGAGCGCGAGCUGAUCGACCGCGAGUCGGAAAAUAUCCUCUCCAACACCGCCAUGGUUGUGGGGGAUUUGCGACGCGAACUGCACGACCUGCGGGUGCAGAAACAGGCCGAGAGCUUCCUAACCUUCGUCAUCGAGAGCCUUGUCGAGUACGCGAACGGUGUCCGGAAGAUUGCGCUCGAGCAGAAAAAGUUCCGCAUCCGGCGUCAAAUCGAAACGAUCCAAUACAUCAAGCUGCAGCCCAAAAUGAAAACCGACGUACUGAACAGGCCGCUGGAAACGGCACCGGCGGAGGCACUGGCUGACCGACCAAGCGGAUCGCCGGUUGCAUCGAGACGGGCGGAAUCGCUGGAUACGGCCCAGAAGCCCGACAAAACGGUUGCCCUUUCGACGACGAUGGAUGAUCUGGAGGAGAGUACGAUGGAUGACGAGUAUGAGGGUAAUGAUCUUAGUCCCGAGGAUAUUCAGAUGUUUGAAUCAGAAAACAUUCAGCUGUACAACGAACUGAAGGGACUGUCCGAGGAGGUGGAACAAAUUCAGCGCAACGUUGCCGACAUCGCACAUCUGCAGGAUAUCUUUACCGAGAAGGUAUCAAUCCAAAAGGGAGACAUUGAGCACAUAGCCACCAACGUGGUGGGCACGACGGAGAACAUCAAGGACGCGAACGAGCAGAUCCGGCAGGCCAUUCAGCGCAAUGCUGGGUUGCGCGUUUGGGUGUUGUUCUUUUUUAUUGUGAUGUCCUUUACGCUUCUGUUCUUGGAUUGGUAUAACGAUUGAACACGAGGCAAGGCAUUACGCAAAUGCACCAAGAGGGAGCAGCGUUCGGAGGAUUCUUUUCCAUUUUUUCCUCCGGCGCCGGGUUGUGGGGUUCAUACUCGAAGCGCUUUAAUAAAUUUGACAUGCAUUAGUGUCUGGACUGUUCAGAAAACCGCUGCAAUUAAUAAA